GGAACUCUUCAAUUUUUGCAAGCUCGCAGAAAACAAACGCAAAAAAUCGUGUUGGAAAAAAGUUGUCGAUAUCACGAACGACUGGAACUUUCCUGGUGUUGAAGUAGCCCCGUGUGAUUUGGAAAUCAAAAUCUACUUUGAUUACCGGCUUUUUGUUUGAUUUCGCACCCUUUCAUCUGAUCAAGGGUCUUGAGGCGAAAUCGAAUUUCCAUCUCCAUCACGCUGAUUUUGGCGAUACAAGAGCUGAACGGUGGUAUAUCUAGCAGGAAUGCUAUCAUCAUACACCACUGACAUUCCCCACUCGCUCACCCAUCCCUCGAACAUGACUUACAUCUCAAAUGAUCACAGUUGGUGGCCAUUUAUCAGUUCACAUAUAUUUUUCGGCUAUUGGAUGGUUGCCGCGGUCGUCGUCGUGGUAUACGAUUGGGUCUUAACACUCGGACAAGAGAUUGAACUCAUCUGGAGACAACACUGGUCUCUGAUGACUGUGCUGUAUUUGAUUGUUCAUACGCUAUAUUGGAAUACCAUAUUCUGUGCAUGUCUCAUAUGCGCUGUGUUUCAUUUUUCUGACCAGCGGCACACAGAAUUUCUGCCAUCGGCAUCGCUGACAGAUACAGUGAGUAUUCUGCAAUCAUCUCAUUCCCAUCCAAUCAAUACGCUCGUAUGUGUAAGCACUAUCACAUUCUACACAGUGAAUGUGAUAAAUUUAGUCGUAGCUGCCAUGUUGGGCGUCAUCAUGAUUGCUCGAUUGCAUGCCAUGUAUCAGGGAUCUAGAAAGAUGCUUAUCUUCCUUGUUAUUAUCUUCCUGGCUGUAAACAUCACCUGCGGAGUGAUCUCGGCAAUAGGCCUCAAGUAUGUUGUAGAGGAGGAGAUCAUACUCUCUGGCAUGUAUGUUUGCUACUAUGCAGGCAUCGAGCAGCUUCUGUUUUCAAUUGUUUGGAUGCUCAACACUGUUUGGGAGGUCCUCGCACUGUGUCUUUCAGUCUGGAUUGCUGUGAAACACUUCCGUGAGCUGCGACGACUCGGCCUAUCGACAGGAUCGACCAUCAGGGACUGUUUCAGAGUGCUCAUACAUUCUCACAUUUGUUAUUUUGCAAGCUUUGUUGGUGUCUCUUGCUUCCAGCUUGCUAAUUUCUCUCCAGAAAUCUGGUAUUCGACUUCUAUUGGAGCUCAGAUACUCCUCGGUGCUCUUCAAAUUUUAUUCGUCAUGCAGAUGUUUGUGCUGGGACCACGCCUCAUCCUGAGCGUUCGAGAAUACAACGCGAAACUCGUGGCAUACUCCGAUGCAGAAACUAGCCUGAAUUCGAUUGUUUUCCAGGAGCGUGUACAUGUAUCCACUAGUUGUACUGUAUAAAGACAUCUCCAGGGAGGAGAAAUUUGGUGCAGGAUCCGUCGUGGUAUUUAUUUAACAUAUGGUAUUUCGAAGUAUAUCCGAAAGGUCUAGGCAAACCUAUUUCUUGUUUUAUCACCACUAGAACGAAGUACCCGCGCUUGAACCAAGUGGUAAGGCCAAAUUAUCCGGAACGUCCUGUAACCAUCCUGGUCCUUGAUGGCCGAUGUUGAAAUACAACGAGAAUCAGUGAAUGUGCCUUGACAGCUGAUUAUGCGCGUUGGUGUUCCACUGUCUGGACAUAUAGAUACUGCGAAUCGUGAAGCCAGAUGGCUGAUGACUUAUCGGUGCUCAGAUGCAAUUCCUUCAUCCGAUGGGGCAAGGAGAAUGAAAGGAACGAAUGGCGUAGACUCAUGGCUCGACUGGACGUCUCUAUCGCGAAUGAGCAUGACAAGGAUAUGGGGUCUGCU